CACUGAUAAGAUAAAAUGCAACACAAAUCUAUAUAAAUAUAAGGCUGCAAUCAAGCCUAUUGAUUCAAAAUUUGUUGUAUUGAAACUUAGUGUACUUCCGAUUAUAGGUAAGAAUUUCUAUAUUUUGUCAGUGAUUUGGUCAUGGCGCUAUCUAAGACUUGGAUACAACGCUAAACAAAAUUUUGCUGUAUUAGUACUGACCAUGUUGAGUCACAACCAAAAGUACUAGUACUAGUUCUACUUAGUCUACAGGCACUAUACUUGGGUUUCUUCUCUAAUGGGUGGUCCACAUUAUUACGGUCCAGGUGGUCCACAUCAUCACGGUCCAGGCGGGCAACAUUUCGGCCCACCGCCCCAUUAUCCCGGUGGGCCUCCGCCACACCACCAUCACAGCGUCUUGGGCGAAAUAAUUCACGACAUUUUGAGCCCUCACCAUCAUCACCACCACCAUCCACCGCCACCACCACCGCCAGUUUAUUACGGACCUCCGCCUUGCGGACACAUGUCCAGGUUUCAUGGGUGUAAUCAUUGUCAUGGGUGGAGAUGGUAGUAAUGGAUUGAUUAUUUGAUUGUUUAUUUAUUAAAAUAUAUUUAUAGUGUAGUCGAAUAUCUGUAUUUUUUCUUUGAUUCCUUGCUGAAAUACAAU